ACGAUUUGGCCGGCGCCUAUCCUGCUUUUCAACGUGCAGGGGAGCAGGAAGCGGUAUCGGCAGAGCAAGCGCGGCAGGGUGAGGGGCUCCUUACGACUAAUCCUUUUGCCAUGGAAGCCGAAGAAAUUAUGGAAUGUAUCCAGGAAUUCCCUGAACACUAUAAAGUUAUUUUGGAUAGACUCAAUGAACAACGUGAGCAGGACCAGUUUACAGAUAUCACGCUGAUUGUUGAUGGUCACCAUUUCAAAGCUCAUAAGGCUGUUCUUGCUGCCUGUAGCCAGUUCUUCUACAAAUUCUUCCAAGAUUUCACUCAGGAGCCCUUGGUGGAGAUUGAAGGUGUAAGUAACAUGGCAUUUCGUCACCUAAUUGAGUUCACCUAUACAGCAAAACUAAUGGUCCAAGGUGAGGAAGAAGCAAAUGAUGUUUGGAAAGCAGCUGAGUAUCUACAGAUGUUAGAAGCUAUCAAAGCACUUGAAAUCAGGAACAAAGAAAAUUCAUCACCCUUAGAAUCAAAUCAAAGACAAAGUAAAAAUAAAGCAAAAAAGAGGAAGAUUGCUGAAACGUCUAAUGUUAUCACAGAAACACUGCCAUCUGCAGAAUCAGAGCCUGUUGAAAUUGAGGUUGAGAUUGCUGAAGGGACGAUUGAAGUGGAAGAUGACAGCACUGAAACACUUGAAGUAACUUCUGCAGAGCAAUCUAUAAAGUACAUACAUACAACAGGUACAUCAGAUGAAUCUGCUUUGGCUCUUUUGGCAGAUAUCACCAGUAAGUAUCGUCAAGGAGAGACAAAAUGUCAGAUUCAAGAAGGUGGUGCAACUGAUCCCUCAUGCAAACAGGUAGAAGAUAUUGAACUUGUGGAACUUCAGCUGUCGCAUGUGAAGAAUUUAUUCCACUGUGAAAAAUGUAACCGUUCAUUUAAAUUGUUUUACCAUUUUAAGGAACACACGAAAACACACUCUGCUGAGAGUUACAAGUGUGACAUAUGCAAUAAAAGCUACCUACGAGAGAGUGCUUUGAAACAACACCUCACCUGUCACCACCUUGAUGAAGGUGGUGCUAGCAAGAAGCAAAGACCUGGCAAGAAAAUACAUAUAUGCCAAUACUGUGAUAAGCAGUUUGAUCACUUUGGACAUUUUAAAGAGCACCUCCGAAAGCACACAGGUGAAAAACCAUUUGAAUGUCCAAACUGCCAUGAGCAUUUUGCUAGGAAUAGUACACUCAAAUGUCACCUGACAGCCUGUCAGUCUGGAGCUGGAGCUAAAAAGGGAAGAAAGAAGCUGUACGAAUGUCAGGUUUGUAACAGCGUGUUUAACAGCUGGGAUCAAUUUAAAAAUCAUUUGGUAAUACAUACAGGUGUCAAACCCAACCACUGUACCUUAUGUGAUUUGUGGUUUAUGCAAGGCAGUGAGCUGAGAAGGCAUCUCAAAGACAUGCAUAAUAUUUCAGAACAAAUAGUGACAGAAGAGAUUCUUCCAGUGGAAGCUAUGGAAGCUGAACCAGUAACAUCAAUGACUAUAAUAGAACAAGUGGAGCAAGUCCACGUCCUACCAGUAAUUCAGGUACAAGUGGAUCCUGCACAGGUAACUGUGGAACAGAUGCACCAGGAUCUCAUACAGGACAAUCAAGUGAAAGGCACACAGAUGGAGGAACUGCAAGAACAGGUGCAAAUUAGUUAUUUAGAAGUUGAACACAUUCAGACUGAACAAGGUGCUGAAGUUCAUGUGGAGCAAUUACAUGUUGGGCGUGUAAAUCAAAUACAGAUGGAAGAAGUACAGGCAGAACUUAUAGAUGGAACAGACCUUGAACAAGUAGAAUAUCAAAGUGUUGAUCAAGGAGAAGCAGAAGAAAAUGAAACCAGUCAAGUAGAUGAUGCAGAUAUGGAAGAUCAUGAACAAGCUGAAGACUUAAAAACUCAACAAUUAGUGGACACACAGAAUGAAAAGGUGGAUAGCUAGGACAAAUGACCACACUGUGCAGCUUUAGGAAUGAAGUACCCAAUUAUUUUUGCUAGCUUUUAUAUUGGUUUUUGAACCAAUGGU